UCAAGCCGCUGGGACGAGGCCAGCCUCCGAGCACCUCCCGCCCUUCCCGGGCGACCCCCGCGGGCGCUGCCGCAGCCCCGGGCCCCGCCGGCCGCCGGGAGGGGCCGGAGAAGCGAAGGAGUUAAAGGGAGGCGCUUGGGAAAUCUGAUGCUAACGAAGCCCCAGGAAUGUUGCACAUUGCCAUUCCCCUGCAGUCCCCGCUGCGGGCAGCCGCACCGGCCCCGCCGAGGAGCCGAGCCCCGAGGCCGCACUCGCACCUUCCCUCAGGCGCGGCCGGAGAUGCCGGGCAGACGGCUGUGGUGGGCGCGCUGCUGGUUCGGCGUCUGCCUCUCGCUGCUGGGCGCUGGGGGCGGCGGCGAGCCGUGCCGGGCCCCCUCCUGCGGCGGCGAGGCUCCCCCUGCGCCGUGCCGCGGAGCCCGCUGCGGCCCCAGGGCCGGCCGCCCCGCGCGUUCCUUCCCGCACACCGCCACGCCGCUGCGGCCGCCGCAGGGCAAAGCGCCGCCCGCCGGGCCGCACCCCGCCGCCAGGGGGAGCGCCGCCGAGCCCUGCCCCGCCGGGGGCUGCGCCGCCAACGGCACCCGCCGCGACUGCCACGGCCUGGAGUGCCGCCUGCCGCCCCGCCUGCGGCCCCGGCCCCGCGGCCCCGGCUGCUCCGCCGCCGCCGAGGGCUGCCCCGAGCCCGCCCUGCUCCGCGCCGCCGACAGAGCCGCUCAGUUCGCAGGAGACGACUUCGCCUACGCCGGGCCCGAGCUGGGCGGCGGCGCCCUGGGGGUGCAGCUCACCUGCGACGUGAAGCCAGGAGAAAAUGAAGUUCCAUCUGAAGACGCCCUAAUACUACAGCUUCACCUUGCAAAAGGUCAUGAGAAAUUUACUGAAAUGCUAAAAAGCCAGCAGCAGAUCAUUGUAGAUUUACAGCAGAAACUUGCUGAACAGCAACAUGUAUUGGUUAGCCAGCAACGGGAGAUUCUUGAACAGCAAAGAAAAAUGUAUGAGCAAAUGGAUCUGAUCAAAGUGCAGUAUGGCAUGCUUUUUGACACAGUGAAACAAAUGUCAUUUCAGAGUUUGCAAGAAGAUAUUCAAAAUUAUUUUGAAAGUCAUCUUCAAGGACUUCAGAACCAGGACAGAGAUGAAUGCACUGAAUCUCCAAGCAUUUGUGGCGAGAGAAUAAAAUGCCUGAAUACUCCAGGUGGCUUCCGAUGCCUUGGAAUUGCUGAGAAAGAUGCAGCUCUGGGAUUGUGUGGAGAAGAGUAUUUCUUUAAUAAGGAAAUGCAAGAAUGCCAAGCGUGUUUGAAAUGUGAAGAUGGAAUGGUGGCCAUGCCUUGUUCCACUGUUAGUGACACGGUUUGUUCAGCAACCAGUGAAAGCAAGCUAUCAGAAUCUUGGGCUGCAAACAUCAUUUUACCAUCUGUGAAGUCUGGCAUCUCUCAGGUCUACUCUGGCUUGAACUUGAAGAUAAGGGAAAAGCUCCACUGUGACAUCCUGUCCAUUGAAGAUCACAGCCUGAUAUUCAGGCAGCAUGGUCUUUUGUGGACUGACCUAAAUUUUGCAGUAAAACACAACUGCAGGAAUUUUUUUCAACUUUCCUUGAAGCUAAAUGGUAGUGAAGAAGGCUAUGAACUGAGUGGUGUUCGCAUUGAACAGCCAGAAGGAAAAUAUUUCCAGAGCACCAGUUUAAGCAGCGCUGCUGAGGUGGAGCCCAGCCAAACUCUUUCCGUGUUUUUGAGGAGCCCAAACCAAUUCUGCAAUCAGAGUAAAGACUUACAUAUUUAUGAUCUUAAUAGCCCACUAAGUCUGUUCUGGUUGUCUCAUGACACGGGUGCUGUGGCAAUCAGUGCACACAUGUCAACAGCAAUGCAUUACCAAACCAACUAUCGACCUACAUUUAAAAUAGUUUCUGUUUCCGACCCUUACAUGCUAAGUUUAUCUCAUGAUGGCAGAGCUAUAAAAUUCACUGAAACAGGUGUUGUCAAAUUUGUGUUGCACCAAGCAUUGUAUUCUAUGGGUCACACUUGUGUCCGGGAGGGUUUCUCCUUAAUUUCUUAUAUAAAUAGGAAUGGUACCAACAGAGAAUUAAUGAAUGUAUUUAAAUCUGGGGUAAAUUACAGAGAUACAUCAAUAUCUGCUUCUGGAGCCACAAAAGUUGCUGCUGGAGAUCUGAUUAGCUUUGAGAUACUCUCUCCUGCACAAUGUAAUGUUCGUUAUUUCGGAGAUAGUUCUGGGAUUAGUAUGUUUAGCCUUAUCUGGAUACCUUCAGCAGUUUCUAGUGCCAUAUCAGCCACAGUUUCUGUUACAGGACUGCCUACUGGAGCUGUGAGAAACAAAUUACUGGAUUUCACCCAGAUCUCAGCCAAUGAGAAACAGAUACAGCUGGUUUCUUCUGGACAGCUUGCUCAGAAGUACUUCAUUUUUACGGAAAAGGGAGUUGCCAGUCUUGCAUUUAACUUAAAGCUAAUCCAUUCAUGCAGUGUGCUCAAAGUGACUCUCAACCAGUUGACCAUGGAUCACAUGCAACCCACCAUAAUUGCUCAGCAGAUUGGAGGGCAGAUGCCAGAGGGAAGCAUAUGGACCAGUGUGACCCUCCGUGCAUCUUUUGAAGUGCAUAAUGGAACGCUGAUAUCAGUUUCUCUUGACUGUGUACGUGGAAGGAUCAAUCAGAUCACUCAUGAACAUGGAACCAGUAUAUCUAUUUUAUGGAUUUCAUCUUAAUUUCUGUACAGUGAAAAUAGCACAGAACUGGGGUUUAAAUUGGAUUUGGAUUCUACUCUGAUUCUUUGUCUGUAUUUGACACCUUACAGUGUGUCAAUGUGAACAUAUUGUCCCACUAAAGUGCUCUCAAAUUUAGGAAUAUUUAAAUAUAAUCUUAAUUAAAUGAUCAGUAUUUAAAGAAAGAGAGCUUUCAGAAUUCCAAGAUAAGAUAGUACUUCUGUUAACAUAAUCAGGCAAGGGAUCUAUGGAUUCAACUCAAAACUAUUUUUUACAAUGCAGUAUCUUGAAAUUAAUUAUUUCUGGACCACAGAGAAUUGCAGGUGAGAGUAAAAACAUAUCUUUUGGUACUGGAACUGAAAGCAGCGCAGCCAAGUAAUGGAAGUCUGCUUUCACUUUCUUCUGCCAACAAGACUAAAUGCACUCGGAGGCAAAUUUGUUUACAUCUUAUAAAAUGUUGUGCUCAAUCUUUAAGUGCCUUAAGCAUGCCUCAAAGUAGAAAUGGUAAUACGGUAACAUUGAAUUAUACUUGCACAAUAUCGUAAAAAUGGACCUCAGUCAAAAAUAGAACAUUGUUUUUACAAAACAUAAUGACUGUUCUCAUCAUGAACGUUGUAACUAAUGAUCUUUCUAAUUUAAUUUUGAAAUAAUCUGCUUUUAAGUAAUUUGGGAAGACUUGUUCCCAUUUUAAGUUGUGGCGAGUGAAUGGUUGCAUGAUGAGAAGGAAGGAAGGAAGUAUUAGAAACAUGUCUUGAAAGUCAAGCUUUAAAAGGAAACAGACUUUUAUUCAGUUUCUUACCAAUUGUGUGUUCUUUUUAUGACCAAAAGGGGACACCUUUCACAAGCAUGCUUAUUUUGCUGAACUGGUGCUUAAUUUUAGAAGUUCUUUUUUAAUUAAAUCACUCAAUUAAUUCUAAAAUGAAAUUAUGUAUUCAAUGACACUGAUUAUUGUCUUCUUCCAACUCUUCUGUCAAACUGCUCUUUCUGAUCUGUGUUUCUCUCCUUUCUUCUCCUGAAGCAUCACUACUGCUUCACUCUGUUCUUAUUUUGUUAGGAACAAACAGCAUGCUCUGUCAUGUAGCUCGACUCCUUCCACCUAUCCUUCACCAGCCCUACUAAAGAACAGGUGUGUAUGUGUGUCACAUAUAUAAGAGGAACUUUAAUAAGACAGCUGCAAACUGCCUACCAUCAACCUAUUUGAAAGUGAGACUACUAUGCAUGAUAUGACUUUACUGUGGGUGUCUGUCUGAGCACAUGUAUCCUAAAUGCAUGCACUUUUCUGUGCUCUUCACCUGUUCUGUUUUUUGUUUGUUUGUUUUGGUUUGGUUUUUUUUGUAAAAGCGUGAACACAAAUGCAGGAGUUCCAUCUGGUGCUUCCAUUUUUACUUGUAAUUUUCUAAUCAUGUCAUUAUCACUUGUGGUUACCUUUCCCUCAUCCUUUCUUCAGGUUUGAACUCAGAGAUACGCAGACUUUGGACAAAUUGUUCUCCUGCACCAAGCAGAAUGCUAGUAUUUCUUGUUUCAGCUCUUAAGUAAGUCUGAGCAACCCAUUGCAAUAUACCUCACUGGAUGCUGUGUUGAGGCCAACACAACCACAGUAAGUUCAGUCCUGGCAUCAUAUCUUCUCUAACAAACUCACCUCUACAAAGAGGUGGUUUUGUGAGGAGAGUGUCAAAGGCCUUCUUUCCCUCAGAAGCAGACAGCUCACUGCUGUAUCAGGAUGUCUGUGCUGCAAGAGAAGCUCUGCAGAGAGCAGACCUGGGUAUUUCUGCAGUGAAACUGCAGGGAAGUCAAUGUUGGAGAAGGCUUGAGAUAGGAUUCUUAUGUUUUCACUUGACGGAAAGUCAAGAAAAUAAUUUUCUCAUGGACAUAACCCCUUAUUUUUCUUGUCUGCUUUACUGUAUGCAGUUGUUUUAGAGGCUGUCAGCCCCAUUAAAAUGAUAGCUUAAGAGUAAUUCUGGAUUUAAACCUGUGUAGCAGAUAAUCAGAAUCUAAUGUAGGAUGUAAUCUAAUACAUCUUCAGCAAAGUGCAGAUGUUACUUGAAUAUAAUAAGCAUUUGCCUUUAUGUAGCAUAUAGCACAUCUAACAGAAUGAUUUGUAUGUGUAUAUUUUACGUAAGUGAGUUUGUAAUACCGGUGGAAUUGCUUGAAUAUGGAGAAGACUAAUGCUUAAAUCCUGUACUGUGCACACAGUGAUGGCACUUCCAUUUAAAUGUGCCAUUAUUAAAGGAUGCUGAAGCUACCAGGGAGCUACAAGUGAGCAUUAUUACAGCUAAGGGAGAUUUCAGAGUGUGAAAUUGUAAAUACAGUAUAUCUUUUCUGAAGAUUCUUGGGGGAGUGCCCAUAAUUGCCCUCAAGUUAAGAGUAGAUUUUUAGAUACAUGGGGCAGAAAUGUGGUAUUUUGCGGCCGUCUGGUAAUGGUAAUGAUGGUAAUGUAUUUCACAUGGUUUUGCUAUUGUCAUCUGUGAUAUUCAUAUGAUGAACAGCAACAAAAAUUCUUCUAAAUACAAACUAUUAACUGCAACUUGCAGCAAGCUUAGCCCUACUUCAGUCAAGAAAUUUGAGCCUGUUUUCAUCACUAUCUUUAAAAAAAAUACAGCCUAAAUUAAGAGUUCAGCCCACUUAGUUACAGGAACGUGAAUUUGGAGUAAGUGUGUUGGAGUCAGCUUGGAUUUAUGGUAGUAUAACUAACAGCGUAGCAUAUAGCCUUUGCCUCUAUGAAAAUGAUAUAUAUUACCUCAUUCCGUGCAACAUUAAGUGGUGCACUGCAGUCCUACAUAAGAUAAAGUUCAAAAGCAAUCAAACAAUGUACGAUGAAUACUAAUUUUAUGGCACUUAUCCCAUUUGCUGUAAUUAAUUGCAUGCUUUAUUCUUGACAGAUAUACCCUAUCAAUUAUAUUUACAACUUAGGAACUUUUUAUUUCAAGUUUUUAUAUGGUUUCUUUCUUUUAGUAGCAUAAUAUAAUGCUGUGAAGUACAGAAUUCAUUAAAAUGUUUUUUUCUUUUGCAUCUUUUGAUACCACGUUCAUGAAUACUCUUAAAAACCUGGGAGACUGUCUCCAAACCUUGUUUCUAAUGGGGACACUCAAAGUCUUGCAGAGUAAGUGCAAGUACAGAGGCUAGUGAAGUCUGUACAGAAAGCGUGGAAGUUAAUACAUCUAUGUAGAUCACUCCAAAAGUAAUGCCUCCUAUUUAUUUCCAUGGAAACUACAACUGAUACAAAGAGCACAGUAACACUGUUUGAUAGAACAAAUUCUAAGCUACAAAACAGGUAUCUUUAAACACUGUCACCACUAUUAGCCACAUGUUUUGCCAGUGAUGAACAAGAGCCUGUACGCUGCGCUUGUCAAAAUCUGCACCAGUGGAGGUGACCCACUGUCACCACUGCUGAAACACACCACCCACCCCAUCACCAUGCCCACAUCCACUACUAGGGCUCUGUAAAUGUUCAGCAAGUCAAUGAAUUUCAGUAGGUGCAAUUUGUUCCACAUGGAGGUGUACAACGACACACGUUUGUUUGAUCUACACUUCCAUGUCAGACACCAUUCUGUCAGACUGCCCCUCUGCUGCUGUCUGUCAUGGCAAAAAAUAAUGGGAUGUUGGUGGGAAGGUUCAACCUCUACUGCCAUACCACCAACAUCCACCUCUGAGAGCAUGGGUCAAGAUAAUAGGAUAGGAAGCAUUACUUUCAAAGCAGCCUUCACAGAAAGGUGAAUGUUUUACUUAUGCAGACAAUGGGAAAUGUUGUGGAAAAUGUGACUAUUACAGGAGAAGAAUAAUUUAGGUUGUGUAGUGCUGCUCACAUAAGAGGAAAAAGGAUCUGCCUUACAAAAACCAGCAUCACUUAAUAUCAACCAUUUUGCAAUUUGAGGGAGUUUGCCUGGAUAUAUUUUAUUACCUGUACACUUUCGUGCUUUCUGAAGUCAAAACUGGGUAGAAUGCAUCAACUAUUUUAAUAUUUUGGAUCAUUCCCUUUGUUCUGUGGUCUGUGCAGAUGGCAGUACACUGUGAAAAUGACACUAGUUUCAAGUGGUGCUUUUUAAUAAAAUUUCCUACUUUGAAAUAGUACCUUGUGUUUAAAAAUACCAUUUAGACACUUCUGUUAAUAUUAUAUUGUAAUACGUUUUAAGAGAACUUUGCUGAAAUAAAUACAACAAAAAAGCUCUA